AUGUACGACUUGUUCAGCUCCGGUGUAGAGAGUGAUAUCUCUACAGGCUCGUAUUCCCCUAUUCCACCAUCGCCCUCAUCACUAUCCUUAGACAAGCGCAAGCCUAUAGAGUCGCAAAGGGCUUGCGCGGCCACUCGCGCUUUACCGCAUAGCGCGCGCUACACGCGCACCCCUUUCUGCAUAGAGGCGCUAUACUCGGCACAUCCUCCCAUGUCUUCCCAUGUCCUGUCUCGUCUAUCCGGCUCCGUUGAGCAUGCAGAUUUGCCUAGCACUGGUUCAAUUGGCAUUGGCUCCCGCCCCAUACACUGUUCUCACUUCGGGCGCCCUCAUAAUUGUUGGAACCUUGCUGCAAAUUUGACUACCGUUCAGCACAAGGUACUAGUCAGAGGUACUCGGUACGUUUCGAAGACCGCACCAAGGAUUCAACCCUCUCCCGUCGAAAUUGAGAACACGAUCCUGGUGCAGCUCGACAAGUUCAUUACUGAUGUGACCGUCGCGGGCAUUUUGGGUGGACGUACCUCCGACGAACGCAUCCCGCGGGCAUGGAUCAUGCUAUCCCCAGCACAGCGCUGGGUUGAUUGCAUGAGGCCAGAAGCAGACCUGGCUGUUACCCGUGUGCAGCAACAACACAACGUUUUCCGUGGUGGUCAUCAGCACUCUGCCUCAGACCCUUCCGCUCUGCGAGAUGCUGCUACAUCGUGA